UCACAGAUUUCCGCCAUAUUAUUUCGGGCGUCUUCGUAACGCCGACGUCGUGACGUCACAAUACACUCUUAACAACGAAAACAGUUUAGCUGAACGAACGUAUAUUUAGCGUUUACAGAAGAUUAUUAUGGACAAAUCAUCAGACGAAUCAUACAGAAAAAAGAAAACUUCAGUUUCAAUGACCGACAUUCAACCAGCUGACCUUGACCCUGAAUCCCCAUCAACAUCAGCUGGACCGGGAAAUUAUACAAAGUCUUCUCGGGUUAUCCUAGCGCCUGGUUUGGGCAGUCCCUGUCGUUACAGUGAAAGUCCCCAGAGAAAUGCAAAGGGUGUUAAGCGGAAGUUUGAAGAGAACGGAAACGAGACACGACAUUGUAAACGACAAAAGAAAUAUCGCUACAUGAGCACGGUUAAUGAUCGCGGUGAAAAAAGGAAAUAUCCAUUUGAUCACUCAGAGCAACCACGGAAACGGUUCAAAUCAUCACCGGUUGAAAAUGAAUACAAACAACGUGUUACAUUGACAAAACCUGCAUUACAAUACAGCGAAUCUUACAACAAGUCUGUUAUCAGGAAUUCUAGAUCUAAUUCAAGAACAGACGACAAUGUUAAUUUAGAUAUACUUCCGGUAGCAGGCACAUCCGGGAAUCGUAGUAAUGAGGAUAUUGGGGAAGCAGACGACAAUGUAAAAUGUCCUGCAUCAUGUGUUUGCAACAAUGGUCACAGUCGAAUUCCUGAACCGAUAAAGCGUUAUUUCGACACGCCAGUAUCCAUGCGUAAAAGCGUGUUAAUGCGCAUGUCAUAUUCUCUGGCUAACACCGUUUACCAGUGCUGCCCAGCUAGAUGCGUCAGGAAGUUACGUAGAACAACAGUCAUGCGCACUUCACUUCUCAAUAUUUUGGAGGACUACGACGAAUCAGAUCUCAGAGUUUACAAGUACUCUUGGGGUGAAUGGAAGGAGUAAAGAUUAAAGUAAUGGACGAUUUUAGAUAUAAUUAUUUGAACUAUAUUCUCGAAUUGUAUUUAUUACAUGCAUGUUCCUGGAUUAUCUAUAAAACGUAUCAAAGAGAUGAAUAGCACCGCGCAAAACAAACUUUGACAUAAUUUGAAUAUUGAAUACUUCAUGUAUUCAGAAUGUUUAUAUGAAACGCAUAUGUGUAAUCAAAGAAACAAUCGUCUUCAAAAUACCAUGUAACGCGAAGCCGCGUUGCUGUAAGAGAAAAUUCCUAAAAACGUCAACUUUGUAAUAUCUCAACAAAAAUUAUAAUGAAUAAACCUGUUUUCCGAAACAUUUAACAUUCAGACCAAAAAGAAGAUUUGUUUUCUAUUUUAUACCGUAAUUGUUAAAAAUA